AUGGAUGGCACCGCAGGCGGAGGCACAGGCGGAGGCACAGGCGAGGGCACAGGCACAGGCCAGGGCGGGCAGGGAACCCCUGUCCAGAUGGGAACGACAUGCCGGCGCCGCACCUGGCCGUUCACAUGCCGUAAACGGAAACCGGUAAUCUGUCCGCAGCCCCGGCCGACAAAUGGGACACGGUGCCGGCUGCUGCCCACACGCCCAGCAACCUCCAGCCCGCGACAAACACCACCACUACCACCACCACCAUGCCCAGCCCGCGCCUCAGGGGCACCAGCGCCAGCCAGAGAGCCCGGCCAGACUGGCCGCGGCGGCGCCCGGCGAGUCAGCAGAGACGCCGAAGAAUUUCUCGAAGCCCAGCUCAGACCACAGUGCGCAGCCGGGCGGGCACGGGCGUGGGCAGUGGGCAAUGGGCAAUGGGUCAGGCUGCGCUUGACCUCCAGUGAUGAGAUCAUUGGCACUGCAUGCCCGCCCUGUCCUCUACUGUACUGUCCUGUACAUGUGUACACACAUCCCACCACCCACCACCCACUGACUGUGCCAUCACACUAUACGACGACGCAUCUUGUGCGCUGCUGCAACCGGCCCGCCACCAACUCCUCCCACCCCCCCCCCAAAAAAAAAGGGCGGUGUAUGGGCCUGUACUGGCCUGUACGCUCCUCGAGAGCCUGUAGAGCCCGCGACAACCCGCCCUCGAGCCCUCCAAGACACUGCACGCCGGCCGGUCACGCGGCGACGCGCAUCAGACCUGCGUCGCUCACUCACGCAUCAGUCAGUCAGUCGCGAUGCCAUGCACGCUGCUCCAUACAUACUACUCUACUUACACGACGACGAUCCCGGUUGCCGUCAGCACUCCAACUGCAAACGCACGAGUCGCGCCGCUCGACUGGCCGACGACGACGACGCAGCGCGUUUCGUGUCCCUCAGAUCGCGGCCUGGCUCCCUCCGAGCGCCGCCUUCAUUUGCUGCCCCAGCUACCCAUCGCACCCACAUCCCUGCUCCCUCUCAGCCUGCCUGCCCUUUUGCCCAUGUCCAUCUCUUACUUUGUCCUGA